UUCUUCCGUGGUCUUUCCGUGUCGCGUGUACUCACGUGCGAAAAAUACCAAACAAAUGGAACGCGCGCCAUCUGUCGGUCGUAAAUGUAAACAGCUUCAGUAGGUUGGCCACGUGACAAUAGUCGCAAAUGGUGCCGACCAGGAUUGUUUUGUUAUAUCGAUUAAACUUUCUAAGUUUGCCUACCAUCUUAUGGCAAAUAAAGGAGCUCAAAAACGAAGGAUUCGGAUAGGAAAAAUAUAAAUUUUUGAAAGUUAGGAAUAUCGAAUAGUUUCGUACCCGAAUUACGAUGACGCCAUUCCUAAUACUUUACGCAUGGCGCCCCGCGUGCAGACGGAGGAGGAGGAGAAGACGGCCGAGCCGGGAUCGGAGGUGGUACUGGAGUGUGCGGCUAGCGGCGUUCCGGCUCCCCGCGUUUCUUGGACGAAAGACGGACGCCCGGUGGACGGGGCCGACGGCGUGAUCCGGGUGAGGGCCGACGGUUCCCUGCAUCUGUCUUCGGUGGCGGCGGCCGACGCCGGCAACUACUCGUGUCUGGCGGAAAAUCCGGCGGGUCGGGCCGGCCGAUGGGUGGUCCUCAGGGUGGCCGAGCCUCUGACGGUGGAAGUUCGCAGCGACAGAAGAAACUAUCGGCCGGGCGCCACCGUGCGGUUGGACUGCGCGGUGAAGGGCAGCCACCGGAACGGGGUGCGCUGGUAUUUCGGAAACAGCAGUGCGCCGGCGGAAAGCGACGAGAAAGUGCGAGUGUGGCCCAAUGGCACGCUGACGGUAGAGGAGGCGGAAAUUCGACACGGAGGAAGAUACGUGUGCCUGGUGGAGGGUGCCCGCGGCCCGGUCUCGGCUUCCUUGGAAAUACAAAUAUCCGGUAGGUUUUUUAAACUUUCGAUUACGGUUUGUAAGUUUUUAAAUUUAAAAGACACCGCGCGCCAGGGUCAAUUUCCUCGGCGCUAAUCGUAUUAAUACGGCGGCCGGUCGUAGUACCACGUUUUUCGUUUACCUGGACUCCCGGAACGGACGCUUUACCAGAAUUGGAGAAAGUGCGCGGUAAAGAAAAUUUGAUAUUUUUCGAAAUUGCGGUUUUAAUUUUCGACUCGUCGGUAGAAUUUUAUUAUCCCGGAAACAGUCGAUAAAAGCUAUUUCCGCGAUUACCUCGUGGCAAAUUUUCACCUUUCAUUUAUCCGGCGUUAAGACCUAAUGAUACCAAAGUCAUAAAAUUACAGUUCCGGACCAAGGAAAAAAUUUGCUGUUUUUUUUACCGGGUACCGUGGCCUAUUUCGUUACUCCGCGCCCCGAUAACAAUCCGCAGCCGACGUGCCGAGACUCGUUUUACAUUUAGGGAAUAAACGACCGAAGAUAGACAGGAGUCUUUUCUGCGCAAAACGUCAGCGGAUGGACAUCUUUCGAAAGCCGCCGCGCGGCAGAUGGGUUUUCCGCCCGUCCGAACCCUUGCCAAAGUAAUUUUAUAAAGACGCGGACCGAGUUUAUUAAUCCUCGCCGUGUUUUCCGUAAUUUGGAAGAGCAUUAAGUUACCGCCAGAGUCGAUAGUAAGUGCCACGAAUGUAAGAAAAUAAGUUAGCGCGCCUGCGGCCGCAUUUUCGGACUUCCGGCGUAGAACGUCGCCGUUUAGCCUCUUCGGACCCGACCGAAAUAAUUAUUUUGUCGGGCCGGUGGACCGCCUACAAAGGGGAAGAAAAUCGCGCCGAAGAACGAGACCGGAACGGCGUGGCGCGACAUUACGCUUCUUUAUUCGCUUUCCUCGCCCGCUCUAACUUAAAAUGUAACUUCGGGAAUAUCUGUUAA